AGAACGAUGGUUUUCGAUUCACAGCAAGAGUAAGAGACUUGAGAGUAGUUGUGUUAUAGAGAUGGUUAUACAGAAGGUAACCACUACCUUCUUGGUGACCCUUGUUGUCAUAUAUUCCACGGAAUGUCAAGAACUUGCUCAAGAUCCCCCCCAAAAAAACCUGAUGCUCAAGGCCCUCCAACCACCCCCCUUAACAGUACCCGAUGAACUCAAAGACGUCUCUGGCGUAAGACAGAAAAGGUGCAAUGGUGGAGGGUGUGGAGGUUGUGGAGGAGGUGGCGGAUGCUACUCGAAUCCAGCGCCCUCUAAGACCUACAACGUUCAAAUCACGGUGAAGAAACAACAACAACCCCAGAGGAUGGUAUACCAUCCUGCCCCAUCAUACCAUCCUGCCCCAUCCUAUGCUGUUGUUCCAGUUGCUGUUGUGCCCGUCCAGAGUUACACCGUCGCCAGGCCAACUCAGUGCUGCGGAGGAGGUGGUGGAGGAUACGGUGGUGGAGGAGGCUAUGGUGGUGGAGGAGGCUAUGGAGGUGGUGGAGGCUACGGAGGUGGUGGGGGCUACGGAGGUGGUGGAGGCUACGGAGGUGGUGGAGGAGGAAAGAAAUGGAAAGGAAAAUAA